AGCCAUCAGAUAUACCCGACCCGACCCGACCCGAUCGGCGAGAUUUAGAUCCUGGUAAUCGCCUUCUCUCUCCUGUCCUCCCGUUCUCCCUACUUUCUUCGAUUUCAACUCGCCGCCGGCUCCGCUUUCCCCUCUGCUCCGCCUUCUCCUUUCGCUUGACGUAGGAAAUGGGGGAGGCGAAGCCCAAGAGCCAAUCCGGCGUCUGGAACACGGUCAAGCCCUUCGUUAACGGCGGAGCAUCCGGCAUGCUUGCAACCUGCGUCAUCCAACCAAUCGAUAUGAUCAAGGUAAGGAUCCAGCUAGGACAGGGAUCGGCUGUGCAGGUCACGAAGAAUAUGCUUUCUCAAGAGGGCUUCGGCGCUUUCUACAAGGGUCUUUCAGCGGGGUUAUUGAGGCAAGCUACUUAUACAACAGCACGUCUUGGAUCAUUUAGGGUAUUGACAAACAAAGCAAUUGAUGCCAAUGGGGGGAAGCCAUUGCCUCUUCUUCAAAAAGCUGCCAUUGGUUUGACAGCUGGAGCAAUAGGUGCCUGUGUUGGUAGUCCAGCUGAUCUGGCACUCAUCCGCAUGCAAGCUGAUGCAACUCUGCCCGUAGCACAACGAAGGAAUUAUACCAAUGCCUUCCAUGCACUCUAUCGGAUUACUGCUGAUGAAGGGGUUCUGGCACUCUGGAAAGGUGCAGGUCCAACAGUAGUGAGGGCUAUGGCAUUGAACAUGGGCAUGCUUGCCUCCUAUGAUCAGAGCGUGGAGUUUUUCAGGGAUUCACUUGGUUUUGGAGAAGUUAGCACAGUUGUUG